AUGAAGUUAUUUUCUCAAGAUUCUGAAGUUGAUAUUUUAGAAGAUGGAUUAGUUUCUGUUAGAGUUGAUUAUGAUUUCAACUAUGAUGAUAUUUCUGCUUCUCAAAAAUUUUACUCUCUGAGCAUUGGUUUAUAUCAAAGUAACACUGAUUUUCAAGAAGGUAAUGGUCACCAAGAAAAUAACUUUCAGUUCACAUAUGGAGAUUAUUUUGAUUUCGGUGAUCCAAUUUCAAUUUGUCAAGAGUGUGGUGCUUUAAUGUGGUAUGAUGAAAGAAAUCGAAAAAAUAGAAAUUAUAUCAUUCCAGAGUUUAGUCUAAGCUGCAGUUUAGGAAAAGUGCAAUUGCCUUUUCUAACAGAGCCUCCUGAAGUUCUAAAAGAGUUACUUUAUGACUAUGGUUCAAAGCAUUACAAGAAUUUUCAAAAUAAUAUCAGAGCAUAUAAUCAAAUGUUUGCAUUUACUUCUUCUGCUGGAAAGGUGGACUCAUCUAUAAACAAAGGCCACAGACGUGCUCCAACGGUCUACAAGAUUAGUGGAGAAAAUGUUCAUUAUAUUGGUAGUUUAAUGCCUAUGCCCGGUGAAAAACCUAAGUUUGCUCAGUUGUAUAUCUAUGACACAGAAAACGAAGUAAACAAUAGGAUAGCACCAUUUAGGUCAAAUGAUUCUGAAUAUGCUAUUGACUCUGAGAUUGUUGGCAAGUUACAAAAGAUGUUAGAUGAGAAUAAUGCUUUGGCAAAAUCAUUUAGAAUGGCGAAAGAAAGAUUUGCAGGUUCUAAUACAGAACAUGUAAGGUUGAAGCUUUUAAGUUCAAGGGAAAAAGAUGGAAGAAUUUAUAAUUUGCCUGAUGUUUCUGAAGUGGCAGCUUUAGUUGUUGGUGAUAUUGAUUCUCUUUCAUCAACCAGAAAUAUAAUCUUAGAAAGGCAAGAUGGUCGCUUAAAGCGUAUAAAUGAGAUUCAUGUUGCUUAUCUUGGUUUACAAUAUCCACUUCUUUUUCCAUAUGGAGAAGAUGGCUACAGAAUUGAUAUUCAACAUAAAAUCAUCGGGAGUUUGAAGCCUAACAAGAGGAGCAAAUUGACCAUGCGACAAUUUUUUGCAUUUAGGCUUCAAACCAGGAAAACAGAAGCUCCAACAAUACUGGUUUCUAAAAAACUUUUUCAGCAAUUUGUAGUGGAUGCUUACACUAUGAUUGAGUCAGAACGUUUAUUAUAUUUUAGAAUUCAUCAAAAGGAACUUAGAGCUGAUGAUUACAAGAGUUUGAAAAAUGCUAAAUCUACAGGUCAAACAAGUGGCUCAAGUAUAGGAAAAAGAAUAGUUUUGCCAUCAAGUUUUAUAGGAGGUAGGCGUUAUAUGGAUGGCUUAUACCAUGAUUGUGUUGCAAUUUGUGGUCAUGUUGGUUAUCCAGAUUUGUUCAUCACUUUCACAUGUAAUUCAGAAUGGCCAGAGAUCAAGCGACUCUUAGACCCUUUACAUCUCAAACCAGUAGACCGUCCUGACAUUGUUUGUCGAAUGUUCAAAAUGAAGCUUGAUAUGCUAAUUAAAUAUUUGAAAAAGGAAAGAUUCUUUGGUAAAGUUGUUGCUGAUAUUCAUACAAUUGAAUUUCAGAAACGAGGUCUACCACAUGCUCAUAUUUUGAUAUUCUUGGAUUCUUUAAGCAAAUUUCCAGAUCCAAAAGAUAUAGAUAAAGUAAUUUGUGCUGAGAUUCCUAAUCAAUUUGAGCAUCCAGAGUUGUACAAGGCUGUAAAAAAAUUUAUGCUUCAUGGUCCAUGCGGUUCUGUAAAUAUAUUUUCACCAUGCAUGAAAGAAGGUCGUUGUUCAAAGUUCUAUCCCAAGUUUUUUGCUGAUUUAACAACUAUUGAUGCUGAAGGGUAUCCAAUAUAUAGAAGAAGAAAGACUGGUUGUUAUGCUAAAAAAGGAAAUGUGGCUCUAGAUAAUCGCUAUGUUGUUCCUUAUAAUCCUUCUUUGCUAAUGAAAUAUCAAGCACACAUGAAUGUUGAGUGGUGUAAUCAGAGCAGAGCAAUUAAGUAUCUCUUCAAAUAUAUAAACAAGGGUUACGAUCGCGUCACUGCUAUUUUAGAUAAUGCUGAUGAUAGUGAAUGCUCAAAUAAAAGAUUGAGCUUUCAUUUGCCUGGUCGAAAUCCAAUUCUAUAUGAAGAUGGUGAAGAUAUUGAUGAUAUUUUGUCAAAACCCGGGAUUGAUCAAUCAAUGUUUACUGCAUGGAUGGAGGCUAAUAACAAUUACUCGGAGGCUAAAGAGUUGACAUAUUCUGAGUUUCCAAGAUUCUUUGUUUAUAAUAAAAAAGAAAAAAUCUGGUCAAGAAGAAAGUGUGGCUAUACUAUUGGAAGGCUUUAUUAUGUACCUCCAACAUGUGGAGAGUUAUUUUAUUUACGAAUGAUGUUGAAUUUUGUUCGAGGUCCUACCAACUAUGACCAAAUCAAAAGUGCAAAUGGUGUUAUUCACAAUAGCUUUAGAGAUGCUUGCUUUGCUUUGGGAUUACUUAAUGAUGAUAGAGAAUAUAUUGAAGCUAUCAAAGAAGCUUCAUGUUGGGGUUUAGGUGAUUAUCUAAGGAAGCUUUUCACUGUAAUGUUGAUGUCAAAUAGUGUGAGCAGACCAGAACAUGUUUGGAAAGAAACUUGGAGGCUUCUAUCUGAUGAUAUUUUGUAUAAUGAAAGAAAAUUGUCUAAAAAUUCAGAUUUAUCUUUGACUGAUGAUCAGCUGAAAACGAGAUGCUUAUAUGAAAUUGAGAUGAUAUUGCAAGAUAAUAGGAAGAACUUAAAGGAAUAUCCUCAUAUGCCUUUUCCAGAAUGUUUUGUGAGGCUGAAAUUUCAAAAUGGUUUAAUAUAUAAGGAGCUAAACUAUGACAAGAACAAUUUAAAAAAUAAAUUUCAAACAUUAUUCUCAUCCUUAACACAAGAACAACAAGGUGUUUUUGAGAAAAUUGUGGAAGCAGUUUCUAAAGAAGAUGGUGGAGUAUUCUUUGUAUAUGGCCAUGGAGGAACAGGUAAGACUUAUCUCUGGACAGUUUUGACUUCUUUUUUAAGGUCACAAGGAAUGAUUGUUCUUAUUGUUGCAUUGAGUGGAAUUGCUGCUUUGCUACUACCUGGAGGUAGAACAGCUCAUUCUAGGUCUGCUAUACCAUUAACGGUGCAUGAGGAUUCUGUAUGUAAUAUUAAACAAAAUAGUAAACUAGCUGAGUUGUUAAAGCAAACAAAAAUUAUCAUAUGGGAUGAAGCAUCUAUGGUUCACAGAUAUAGUGUUGAGGCAGUUGAUAAAAGUUUAAGAGACAUUAUGUCAUCUACAAAUAAUAAUAAUGCUAAUUUGCCUUUUGGUGGGAAGGUAGUGGUUUUUGGUGGAGAUUUUAGACAAAUUCUUCCUGUCAUUCCUGGAGGUGGUAGGACAGAAAUUGUUAAUGCAAGCAUAUGUUCCUCUUACAUAUGGGACUAUUGUAGUGUUUUGAGACUUACAAAAAAUAUGAGAUUAGAGGAAUCUUCACAUGCUGAUAAUGAUGAAUUGGCUUUGUUUUCACAAUGGAUCUUAAAUGUUGGAGAUGGCAAUAUAGGUGGGCCUAAUGAUGGCAUCUCUGAGAUUAUGAUUCCUACUGAGUUGCUCAUAUCAAAUUUUGAAGAUCCUCUUAGUUCUAUUGUGGAUUGUAUAUAUCCAAAUCUUCUUGAAAAUCACUUGGAUUUUAAUUGGUUGCAAUCACGAGCAAUUCUUUGUUCUACGCUUAAUGUCGUUGAGAAGGUAAAUCAAUAUAUUAUCAUGAAAAUUUCAGGAGAUGAAAAAAUUUACUUGAGUUCAGAUAGUGUUGACAAAUCUUAUGGAAGCGGACAGUAUGCUACUGAAACACUUACUCCAGAGUUUUUAAAUAGCCUCCAAUGUUCAGGAUUACCUCAUCAUGCUUUGAAGUUAAAGGUUGAAAUUCCUAUAAUGCUUUUAAGAAAUCUAGACCAAUGUGCAGGUUUAUGUAAUGGCACCAGGCUAAUUAUAACAAGGUUAUCUAAUCAUGUUAUAGAAGCAGAAGUAUUAGUUGGAAGCUAUCUUGGCAAAAAGGUCUUAAUCCCACGCAUGUGCAUGUCUCCUUCUCAAUCACCAUGGCCUUUCAAAUUGGAUAGGAGACAAUUUCCUAUUGUUUUCUCAUAUGCCAUGACCAUCAAUAAAAGUCAAGGACAAUCUCUUAGCAAUGUUGGAGUGUAUCUUCCUAAACCCGUGUUUAGUCACGGACAAUUUUAUGUUGCUAUAUCUCGUGUUCGAAGUAAGAAGGGGUUAAAAAUUCUUAUUCACAACAAAGAAGGGCAUGUUUUAAGUAGUACAACAAAUAUUGUAUUCAAAGAAAUUUUCUCAAAUUUAAAAUAG